GCUUCAUGAUCCAAAUUGACCACAUUCAGGGCCGGAUAUUGUAUCCAUCAAAAAACGGAGAUUUGGCGCCGGCCUCUACGGUGAUUACGGUGUGGGCUUCUCCAGUCUCAUACUCGCGGAUUCGCGAGGGAAGAGGAGCAUCUGCCUGUCUACGAGUCGGCCAUUGUGGAUCAAGCAGCGUGUCGUGUCACGAGCAUCGCGGCCCGGUGUAUUGUACAAUACAACAACUUCGUGAGAGAACUGGCCCGAACACCCCGGUCCACUGGCCCGAGCAGAGUGGGAGCCCCGCCUAUUUGCUCCCGCCCGUGAACAUUAUUGGAUCCAAUUGGCACUGGCAAUUGCGGGCAAUUCGCAUCCAGUCGGGGCAGGCCAAUCCCCCGGCAGGAGCGACGGGAGCAGAGCCCGCCAAAGCCACCUAACGGACCUCUGGACCUGCCCUGGUUCGCUGGUUGCGACGGCAGGUCAGGCAUAUUUUCCCACGCAUUGCCUGCUCCCCGGCUGCGCUUUUUUUUCAAGCCCGUGCCGCCUUGAUUGCUUCAACCUGAACCUUUUCCCUUUCUUCUCUCCUUUCCGUACUGUUCCUUUCUCCUCAACCACACCACAUCCCGUCCUCCCACUCAGUAAACCAUGGCUCCCGUUAUGCGCCUGGGCUCCGCCGCCCUGAGGUCCUCCAUCCACCUCACUUCUCGCCAGACUGCCUUCACUGCCGCCAGAUGCUACUCUUCCAAGACUCAGACUCUCAAGGAGCGCUUCGCUGAGCUCCUCCCCGAGAACAUCGAGAAGAUCAAGGCCCUCCGCAAGGAGCACGGUUCCAAGGUCGUCGACAAGGUCACUCUCGACCAGGUCUAUGGCGGUGCCCGUGGCAUCAAGUGCCUUGUCUGGGAGGGUUCCGUCCUCGACGCCGAGGAGGGUAUCCGUUUCCGCGGCAAGACCAUCCCCGAGUGCCAGGAACUGCUUCCCAAGGCUCCCGGCGGCAAGGAGCCCCUGCCCGAGGGUCUCUUCUGGCUUCUCCUGACCGGUGAGGUCCCCUCCGAGCAGCAGGUCCGCGACCUUUCUGCCGAGUGGGCUGCCCGCUCCGAUGUCCCCAAGUUCAUUGAGGAGCUCAUCGACCGCUGCCCCUCUGACCUCCACCCCAUGGCUCAGCUCUCCCUCGCUGUCACCGCUCUCGAGCACACCUCUUCCUUCGCCCGUGCCUACGCCAAGGGUAUCAACAAGAAGGAGUACUGGGGCUACACCUUUGAGGACUCCAUGGACCUCAUUGCCAAGCUCCCCACCAUUGCUGCCCGCAUCUACCAGAACGUCUUCAAGGGCGGCAAGGUCGCUGCUGUCCAGAAGGACAAGGACUACUCCUUCAACUUCGCCAACCAGCUCGGCUUCGGCGACAACAAGGACUUCGUUGAGCUCCUCCGUCUCUACCUCACCAUCCACACCGAUCACGAGGGUGGCAACGUCUCUGCCCACACCACUCACCUUGUCGGCUCUGCUCUCAGCUCUCCCUUCCUCUCCGUCGCUGCCGGUCUGAACGGUCUCGCCGGUCCCCUCCACGGUCUUGCCAACCAGGAGGUCCUUAACUGGCUCACCGAGAUGAAGAAGGUCAUCGGUGACGAUCUCUCCGAUGAGGCCAUCACCAAGUACCUCUGGGACACCCUUAACGCCGGUCGCGUUGUCCCCGGUUACGGCCACGCCGUCCUCCGCAAGACCGACCCCCGCUACUCUGCCCAGCGCAAGUUCGCCCAGGAGCACCUCCCCGAGGACCCCAUGUUCCAGCUCGUCAGCCAGGUCUACAAGAUCGCCCCCAAGGUCCUCACCGAGCACGGCAAGACCAAGAACCCCUACCCCAACGUCGAUGCCCACUCUGGUGUCCUUCUCCAGCACUAUGGUCUUACUGAGGCCAACUACUACACUGUUCUCUUCGGUGUUUCCCGCGCCAUUGGUGUCCUUCCUCAGCUGAUUAUCGACCGCGCCGUCGGUGCCCCCAUUGAGAGGCCCAAGUCUUACUCCACUGACAAGUGGAUCGAGAUCUGCAAGAAGCUUUAAAUCAAGCGAUUGUUGUGAUAGUAGUAAUGGUUAGGUAGUUUGGCGCGACGGUCGGAAAACGGUCGGGCUUCGGUUCUUUUCAGCAUAGAAUGGAUGGGAUCUUCAUUUCAAGCAGCAGCCUUUUCGCGCCUCAGAUGAUGUAUCGUGAACUACAAGGCACCAAGAGGGUUGGUGUGUGUACAGACAUGUGGAGAAACAUCCGGGGUCGUUGGAAGGCGAUAUCAUCCAUUUCAUUCGCUUGUAAUAUAAAUAUGACGACAAUAUACCACACACGCGUUCUUUGAUGGCAAUUUCCU